AUGGUGGCAAUUGCGUUGGCUGACAUGCAUGACCGUUGUGGGCAGAGAGAGAAUGAGUUGAAAAGGUUUAAGGGCAUAGCUGGAGAUCAAAAUGCUGUCAAACCAAUAAUUUCCAAUAAUUUCUUUGCAACACAGGAAAGCUUUAUGGAAACCAACAAGAAAGGAAAUUUGAUUGAUAUUGACGUGAAGGGGUUUUGGACUUGGAGAAACAUUUACGAGGAGGAGAGAGAAUCAUAUGUUACUCAAGCUGGAAACAUGAACUCAGCCUACAUCAAGGGUGUGAUUGAAGAGGAGAAAAAUAUUAUAAAGGUAACGGGGUUCAGAGUUUAUGAAUGUUAA